GAAAUGCAGAAGGAAGUAGAGAUGUACAAAGAUCUAGCUGAUAUUCAAGGCAAGUAUAUCCCAAAGCUGGUCUGUUAUGGAUAUUAUGGAGGAGGCAUGAGCUUCGUUAUCGGCUUAACCAUUGUUGGCACUAUGUUGAGCGACCAAAAAAUAACGGAACAGCAAAAGUCAAGGGCUAUUAAGGGAUUAGAAGCAAUCCACAAGCAUGGUAUCCUCCACAAUGAUAUUCGGGAGGAAAAUAUCUUAAUUAAUGAUAAAGGUGCCCUAUACCUGAUUGACUUUGGGAUGGCAAGCCGGGAGGAUACAAAAAAGAAGAGAAAGCUUUUUGACGAGGAACAGCUCAAAUUAUCUCAAUUGCUAGAUGGAUAUAUUGUGUAAGA